AUGAAGAAAUCAAAAGUUGAAAAAAGAAAUUGGAAUGUUGAAAAGAUUGGAGGAAAUGAUUAUAAAGGAAAAAGUAACUUAUUAUUGAAUGAUAUACGUAAGGAAAAUGUAUCAGAGGAGGAGAGUUCAGAUGAAGCUGUAAACCCUGCUUCGCUCCUAUUUGUACUCCGGAAAACUCUGUCAACGAUAGGAUGCAAUAUGCAACGUAUCAUUAACACUGUUUUUGUGCAAGAUGACAAUCCAUUAUACGGUCGCGGAACAUUGGGUGUCUUCUCGGGUGUUUAUAUCAGUUAUAUGCAAAAUAUUCUCCUACUUGGUGUAAUCUUUCUUCGUUUACCAUGGAUUGUUGGUAUUCUGAGCUUGAGUCUAACAAUAUUUACAAUUUCUCUUGUCUUUACAGCGAUUUUAUGCUCCUCAUUUUCCAUCGCAGCAAUUGCAACAAAUGGAAGUGAUCGUUUAUAUGGUGGUCCAUUUACUACAAUUGCUUACAGUUUGGGCAAUCGAGUAGCGCUUGUCGCUGGGGUGAUGCUUUGCUUAGCAAACUGUGGUUUUACUGGAAUAUGCUUAACAAUAUGCGUUCAGCUAAUCCAGCAAUAUAUUUUGAAGCCAACUCCACUGGAGCCAAAUUUAGCAAAGCGAGCAUUUGAAAACGAUUACGAAGCUAUUCAAGAACUAUGUGAGAAACCGUACUAUAUGCAUCUUAUCUUAUUUACUGCUUUUUUGAUUCUUAUAACUCUGUUUAAUGGCUUUGGAAAAAGAAUCGUCAAAUGGGUUUGUUGGAUACCUUUUACAAUAUUCGUCAUUUUACUUGUUGGAAUUUUCGUCUCUGCUGGUAUAAAGAUCAUUCAACACGAUGUUGACCUGAGAUGCAUUCAUGAACCAAUCGGAUUAAUUUCAAAUCGUUAUUAUGACCAAGUCCCAGUGCUACUACAUCUACCGCCUAACUAUUUAACAAUACCACCAAUAAGUGCAACAGCUCCCUCAUCUGUUAUGAAACAUUUCUGCGACAGUUUUCAUUUAAAAGCAUUCGAAUGGAAUCUCAAAGUGAUUAAAUCAAAUCUGCAAAAUCAUAUCAUUGAAAUUAGCAAUAUAAGCAGUUUUGAUUGGCGUGAUAUUAUUUACGAUAUGUAUUUCUUUAAGGGUAUCUUCACCAGUAGCAAUGUGAAAUUUUCAUCAAUUAUUGGUUGCGCACUUCUUCUAUUACCGUUAUUUACGGGUAGUAUUUGUGGUAUUAACAUUUCAUCGAUGCUAAAAUCACCAACUAAAAAUAUUCCUACUGGAAUUUUCAGCAGUUUGUUGACAAUGUUUUUUCUGAUAAUAAUAUUAACCUGUUCAUUGGCACUUGGCAUAGAGCGCCAUCUAUUACUUGAUAAAUAUGGACAUGGAACUUAUCCGAGUUUUCCUAUCAUAUUUACGAUUUCUAGCCCAAUAGUUCUUAUCGCUGGUUUAAUGCUCAUGUCAACUGCCGCCGCAGUUCAGAGUAUGUUUACUGCUAAGAGUUUGUUGCUAAGUAUUAUUACCAGUCAUACCAUUCCGGUACCGCGAUUUUUUUAUCAACGAACUAGCAAACGGCGCAAAUUAGUUGCUAUUACGAUCACGGCUUUCCUCAUUUUGCCAUAUUUGUUUGUCAACAGUUUGGAUUACAUAUCGGUUAUUGCAAGUAGUUGCAUGCUUGUUGCAUUAAUUGCAAUUAAUAUUGGCACAAUCAUUUGUUCAACGCUCAAUUUUCCCAGUUUCCAUCCAACAUUUCGGUUCUUUCGAUCAUUUCUUGCCAUGUUUGGUAUUAUUGCUUGCACUAUAAUGCUUUAUGGCUGUAAACCACUAGUUGGUGUGACAGUAAGUACCAUUGCAAUUCUGAUUUAUGUAAUAUUUCCGUUACAUCGAAGACGUUUCCGUCGUGUUGCUCCAUAUGCAAUUGUCGUUGAUAUCGCUAACAUGUUGUUAUAUUCAUCAACUCAAAAGACUAGUGCCGGGCUGGUCGAAGAAUUUUAUUCAAAGCCUCGUUGCAUUGUUUUUACACGAUUUCCUGCACCUUGUGACAAUCUUUUACGAAUGGCCAAAAUUUUAUCACAAAAUCGUAGUGCUCUUUGUUUGUCGCUUAUUCGUGAUACGGGCGAUCAAGAAAAUAUCGGUUCCGAAGAUGUGCGAACAGUAAGACAAUAUAUGGAUUAUAUCGAUUUAUCUGGUUAUGCUACACAAUUUAGAUACCAAAAAAUUAGUUCCCUACAUUCGAUUGCAUCCGCAUUGGCAAGUUGUUGUGGUUUAGGAGUUUUUCAGUCAAAUACAGUCAUGAUAGAAUAUCCAUCGGAAGCAGCUUUAAGGGGUUUACCCGACUCAUUACUUUAUCAUUAUCACAUGCAUCGCGUUUGUGUUCAGCACUGCAAUUUGGUCGUUGUUAAGGGUACUUUUCCGCUAAAAAUACCGCCAGUGCAAUCAAACAAAACGAUUGAUAUUUGGUGGAUUAUCGAUAAUGGUGAUGUAUUGUUAAUGGUUGCAAAAAUGUUGAAAAAACACAAAAUUUGGCGUAAAGCGAAAUUACGUCUAUUCGUUGUGAUAGAAAUCGAAGAUAACAUCAAGCAAAUUGAAAAAGCUCUCCUUCUAUGGUUGAUCGAUAAUCACUACUUAAUAUAUAAAAUUGAAUUUAUACGAACUGAUUCUUGGAUUAUAUCAGAUUAUGUACAACUACGGUCGUUACAAAUAAAACGAAGAUACUGUAAAAUGGUUGAUAAAUCGUGGUUUACAUAUAUUCAACAGUUGAUUGGAGUACCUGAGGGAAUGCCAGCACAAAAUGCUGUAGACAGUGGAUUUCAUGGUGUAAUAACAAGCUCAGUAAGAGGUAGUUCCCUGAUGAAAAUGAGCGAACAACAGCAAAGGGCUCGACAAUUAAAUAAGGAGAUCGUGAUGCGUAGUUCGGAUGCUGUGCUUGUGCUGAUGAAUAUGCCAGAACCACCAGUACAUUUGGAACGCUUUUGGAAAUAUUUGAAUUUUUUAAACGAUAUGUCUAAUGGAUUGAAAAGAGUACUAUUUGUUCGAGGCGUUGAUGUACAGUCGAAUGUUGACCUGGAAAGAUCAACCACAAAAGAAUAA